GGGUCCAUUGUAACAGAAUUCAACAGUGAAUAAUACCUUUAACACCAACAACUGUUUUCGCCCGUCCUCCAUGGUUUCUUGCUCCUCCAUUGCCAGUUCCAACUCACACCUCCAUUGCCUCUGCUUAUGUACUCUGCAAUCUCCACAUUUUCACUCAACUGUGUAUCCUUCAAACUUGUUAUCCCCAAUUAGCUUCGUCGUAAUUCUCAAAGCCCUCUACUGCUUUCUGUUUAACCUUCAUUUCAUCAUCUGGGUUUCUUUCAGUCUCCAUUUGGCUUCUUAGGUUUUCAUCAAGUCCUCAAAUCUUGUUAGGUUAUCACAAACACUAAGGCAAACACAAGAAUGACUUCUUUUCUCUCUCUUUCUUUACCGGUGGAGACUACGAUGGAAAACUCUAUUCUACCUCGGCUUCGCUUUGUUUCUUCCUCCCCUCGAGGAAGAUAUUCUCUUAAUUCUGGUUUAAACAACUCAAAAUUUGGGUUUCCCAAUGCUGUCGAAGGAGAAGCUUUUCCCGGGUUAGCUUGCAAUUGGAAGAAAAUGCUAAAUGUGUAUGGUAGAGCGAAACCUCGGAGGAGUAACUGCACGAGAGCGGUGGGAAAGGACUCUGUAGAAGGAAAAGAUAGUGAUGAUUCGGUGGAUACUCUUCAGGCUACAAUAGAGAAGAGCAAGAAAGUUCUUGCUAUGCAAAAGGAUCUACUUCAGCAGAUUGCAGAAAGGAGGAAACUUGUUUCAUCUAUUAAAAAUAUCAAACUCAACAUUGAAGAAGAUUUAGACUCUUAUAAUGGGACUGAUAAUUCGUUUCCAGUACAAGAUCUUGCUUCAACUGUUGCUGGCAGUACUAAUGGAAAAUAUGCUAAUGAUAUCCAUUCCAAGAGCUACACCCAAGCAACUGCAGUUGGGAUGUCAGAAACCCCAGAUGUUGAUAUCAAUGGAAGUUUUAGUGAAGAAGAGCAGGGAAAUGGAAGAAAUUUAUCUCCUGAAAAGGUUUCUUUAGAUAUAGAUUCCUCCAAAGAGUUCAAAGAAACUAGUUCAACAACAGUUCAGUCUGAUACAGUGCCAUCGUUUCUAUUGAAAACCUCUAAGUAUGAUCUAAAAGAUGAAAGCACUGAGGAGUUGGUAGAAUCAAGUUUAGAAGAUGAUGUAAGCAGUGAAGCUAAUCUAGUUUCUGAGGAUGAAACUGUAAAGACACCUCCUUUGGCUGGGGCUAAUGUCAUGAAUAUCAUAUUGGUAGCUGCAGAAUGCGCUCCUUGGUCAAAGACGGGUGGGCUUGGAGAUGUUGCUGGGGCUUUACCAAAGGCUUUGGCUCGGCGUGGACAUAGGGUUAUGGUUGUGGCACCACGGUAUGGUAACUAUGCUGAAGCCCAAGAUAUAGGAGUUCGCAAGAGGUAUAAGGUGGAUGGACAGGAUGUGGAGGUAAAUUUCUUCCAAGCCUACAUUGAUGGUGUGGACUUUGUUUUCAUGGACAUCCCUAUGUUUCGCAAUAUUGAGAACAAUAUAUAUGGGGGAAGCCGAGAGGAUAUUUUAAAACGCAUGGUUUUGUUCUGCAAGGCUGCUGUGGAGGUUCCUUGGCAUGUCCCAUGUGGUGGGGUUUGCUAUGGAGAUGGAAAUUUGGUUUUCAUUGCAAAUGAUUGGCACACUGCAUUAUUACCAGUCUAUCUGAAGGCAUACUACCGUGAUCAUGGUGUGAUGAAAUAUACCCGCUCCAUUCUUGUGAUUCACAAUAUAGCACACCAGGGUCGUGGUCCAGUAGAUGAUUUUCAUUAUGUGGAUCUUCCAGAAGACUACCUAGACCAUUUCAAAUUGUAUGACCCUAUUGGCGGUGAACACUUCAAUAUCUUCGCAGCUGGUUUGAAAGCAGCAGAUCGUGUAGUUACUGUGAGCCAUGGUUAUUCCUGGGAGCUGAAAACUUCAGAAGGUGGUUGGGGUCUCCAUCAAAUCAUAAAUGAGAAUGAUUGGAAACUAAGGGGCAUCGUGAAUGGGAUUGAUAUGAAAGAGUGGAGCCCACUGUUUGAUGUUCACCUUACAUCUGAUGGCUACACUAAUUACUCCUUGGAGACUCUACAGACUGGAAAGCCCCAGUGCAAGGCAGCUCUACAAAAGGAGCUUGGCCUUCCCGUUCGUGAGAAUGUCCCUCUGAUUGGAUUCAUUGGAAGGCUGGACCAUCAGAAAGGUGUUGAUCUCAUUGCCGAGGCUAUUCCUUGGAUGGUGGGCCAGGAUGUCCAGCUAGUCAUGUUGGGUACUGGGAGACCUGACCUGGAACAGAUGCUCAGACAAUUUGAGAGCCAACACCAUGACAAAGUCCGGGGUUGGGUUGGUUUCUCUGUGAAAACAGCUCACCGGAUAACUGCAGGUGCAGACAUCCUGCUCAUGCCUUCUAGAUUUGAACCUUGUGGACUGAACCAGCUUUAUGCAAUGAACUAUGGGACAGUUCCUGUAGUACAUGCUGUUGGAGGACUGGGAGAUACUGUGCAGCAGUUUGAUCCAUUCAAUGAGACAGGGUUUGGCUGGACGUUUGACAGGGCAGAAGCACAUAAACUGAUACACACACUAGGGAACUGCUUGCUUACUUAUCGGGAGUACAAGAAGAGCUGGGAAGGGAUCCAAAGACGUGGAAUGAUGCAAGACCUAAGCUGGGACAAUGCUGCUCAGAAGUACGAGGAAGUUCUUGUUGCUGCAAAGUAUCAGUGGUGAUUCUUUGAACAUAAGAGCUGCAGUUUCAAGUUUAUGGGACUUCUAUUUUUCUUUUAGGUCAAUAUAUCUGGAGACAAUAUAUGCUUGAAGCCUCGUGCUUCUUCCAAGAGAGAUGCAGAUGAUGGUUUCUUGGUGAAUGCUGCACACUAUUUCUUUCUCAUGCUGUUCUAAAAUAACACGAAGGCAAAGGCACCUCUAUUGCAAGGACCACUCACUGAGUUAAAAACACCUGCAGAAAAUCCAGUUGCUUUCCUAGUUCAUUUGUGAUGAGCAACAGCAUGACAAACCUCUAUGCCCGGCUGUUAAACUCCUACAACUGUAAUUUUUUGUUAUUUUGUGAAUGUAUUAUCUUUGGUCCAUAGUUUGAUACACGUUGCACAAUUAUUGUUUGUUGAUUGUCAAUGAUACAUAUUUCAGUAUUUUCUGUGGGUUAAGAUGUUGAUUUGCGUUGUGAUCCAGUGUUUCUUAUCACUUA